GGGUGGUGUGAGGGGAGGAGAGGCGGGGCGGCAGCCCGUGGAGGGGGCGUCAGGAGGGGUCGGGGGAGAUGGUGGAGGACACGGAAGAGGGCGCGAUCGACGUCGAUCGCGAGGCCAGUGUCCCGGGCGAGCACGGAGUCCUGGGACACGAGGACGUGCCUGAGGUUUAUCCUGGCAUUGGGGAGAGGAUGGAGGACUUUUUGAGCGGGGUCCCCUUCAAUGCCUUCCGCAACCAGGCUUGGAAGGCAUACCACCAGGUCCUUCUUGAGCAGCCUGGCAGUUCCCCGCGCGCUGUGCUCCCCAGCCACAACGAGAUUGUGAGUAUGCAGGCGGUGGAGACCCACCGUGAGGAGCUGGCGGAGGAGUUGGAGGAGGUGAGGCAGCCAUUCUGGAUCACUGGUGCCACUCUCCUCUCCGACGGGAGGAAAUCACGAGACGGGAGACCGAUCGUGAAUUUCCUUGCCGCCGGCUCGCGAGGGGUCGUCGUGUACACGGUGAUCAAUCACGAGGGCGAGCCGGACGAUGCAGUGCACAUCCUUCGGAGAUGGGUGACCAUCUUCCACGAGUUUAGUUUCGGCGGCCUGCAUCGGGUCAAUGCGAUAUGCACAGACUCCGCAUCGGCGUACGUGGGUGCUGCGAGGGCAUUGGCCUCGUCGGGCAUCCCUCCUGCACUCAGGAGGAUCACUUGGCUUCCGUGUUCCGUCCAUGUCUGCAACAAAUUGUUGUCAGACAUGGGGACGAGUUGCGACGAGUUUGUGGACGCGAUUACACGCGCUUGUGUUCUGGUGGUGUUUUCCAAAACCCACCAGGCCGCCCUUCAUUUCUUUAGGAAGCGCAGCCCCAACAAGGGGCUUGUGCUUUCUUGCGAGACGCGGUUCGCGUUUGUUUAUUCUAUGUUGGAGAGACUGUUGGCCCUGCAGGACGCUCUGCAGGCGAUGAUGCGAGGGGAUAACGGGCGGGAGUUUGCUUCUAUACCGUGGUCUGCCGAUGUGUGCGACAUGGCGCGUUGGGUGCGCCGGCAGAUCAGAUGGGAGCCUUGGUGGCACACGAUGGCCACCAUACUCCGUAUCAUGCAGCCCGUCAUGGAGCUGCUUAGGCGGAUGGAUCGUGGGGGGCAGUACAUGUCCCUCAUGAUCGAGUGGACACAGGAUCUUGUCCGCCGUGUCACUGAUGCAUGCGCUCCUUUGGGGAGGGUUUUCGCUUACCGCAUCAUCAGGAGUGUGCAGGCUCGCACACGGCACAUGUUGGAGCCUGCUCACUGCGUGGGGUUCUUAACGAACCCCCGCAGGCGACAUGUUGAGUAUUUUUCGGACGAGAUCGACGAGACUCACGAGGAUCCCGAGGGGGAGACCAGGGCUGCUACUGCACGACGGGCGGCGGACAGGGCGGAGAGGGAGAUGAUGGGGGGAGAGGAGGAGUUGUGGGGACCGUUUGGGGAGGUCACUUCCACGGGCGGCACAGGAGCGCGGGCGAUGAGCCCCGCUCCGACGAGGCGGGAGUCGUCCGUGCCGCCACCUUCUGCUCCGAGUCUUGCACCGCCAUCGCCCGUCGCGCCAUAUGAGCCGACCACAGCAGCAAAGGACACGGAGGAGUUGACGUCCUCUUUGCCUCAGCGCGGACUACUCCACAUAGGCGGGGUAGUCCGACAGCUGAGGUUACGAUCACCUUCUUCGGGGGUCUUGCAGGAGGAGGGGGGACCGUCGGCAGCAGCAGUGGAGGGGGAGAUGGCAGUGGAAGGGGGAUUGGCGGACACGACGAUUGCAGGCGUGGUGGACCAGAUAGCUGUAGCAGCAGCCACUUCAUUGCUAGAGGAGAUGGCAGCUUCAGUGUUGGCGGAGGAGGCACCAGCGCCAGGGGGAGCAGAUGAAGUGGAAGGGCAGGCGGGAGCAGCUGGAGGAGCAGCGGGAGGAGCAGCUGGAGGAGCAGCUGCACUGGAUGGGCUUGGGGCUGCAGCAGCAGGAGCAGCUGGAGGAGCAGAUGCAGUGGAGGGGGGAAUGCCAGGAGCAAUGGAGGAGGAGAUAGGGGCACAGGCGGACGUGUCGCGUGGGGGCAGCGACGAGCGCCUCAUGCAGCAGUUCCUCACGGAGCAGUACGAUCUGGUCAUGGCGGGUAUGACCCCGGGUGUGGCGAGGGGGUUGGGGAUGUCGGGGCUGGCCAGUACAGAGGCGGCUUGGGGAGAGCUUCUUGUCGGCGCAAAGGCCGAGAACUCAGAUCUGUGCUGCGAGCUAACGAAAACCGGGUUGGCUCUGUUAUUCAGGUGACCGGUUGGGACUGAGUUCGUUGAGAGAGCGUUCCCGGUUGGCAUGAGGCUAUCCGGGCUCGUGAACUAGGAUCAGUUUCGCAAAG